CCCGUGUUGGUUCUUCAGAAUGACUCUCUCUACUCUCAGAGACGUCCUUACACCAGUGAAGAUGAGGCCUGGAAAACCUUUCUUGAAAAUCCCCUUACAGCAGCUACCAAAGCUAUGAUGAGCAUCAAUGGUGAUGAAGACAGCGCAGCUGCCCUGGGACUGCUCUAUGAUUACUACAAGGUUCCAAGGGAGAGGAGAUCUUCGACAGCUAAACCAGAGGUAGAACAUCCAGACCAAGACCACAGCAAAAGGAACAACAUUCCAAAUGUAACAGAGCAGUCGCUUAUUUCUGCUGGAGAAAACAGAGUCCAGGUUCUGAAAAAUGUGCCUUUCAAUAUUGUCCUUCCACACACACCCCAGAUGGGCAUGGACAAGAGAGGCCACCUCACAACCCCUGACACGACGGUCACCGUCUCCAUUGCCACGAUGCCCACCCAUUCCAUCAAAACGGAGACGCAGCCCCAUGGCUUCACAGUGGGCAUCCCACCAAGUGUCUACCACCCCGAGCCCCCCGAGCGGGUGGUGGUCUUUGACAGGAACCUCAAUCCCGACCAGUUCAGUUCCAACACCCAGCCUCAAAACUCCCAGAGGCGAACGCCAGACUCCACCUUCUCGGAGACUUUCAAGGAGGGCGUGCAAGAGGUUUUCUUCCCUACUGAACUGAAUCUCCGGAUGGCCAACAUGAAUUCAGAAGAUUAUGUUUUUGACAGCAUUUCUGGGAAUAACUUUGAAUACACUCUGGAAGCCUCCAAGUCCCUCCGACAGAAGCCUGGGGACAGCACGAUGACCUACCUGAAUAAAGGUCAAUUUUACCCGAUUACACUGAAGGAAGUCAGCAGCAGUGAAGGAAUCCAUCACCCCAUCAGUAAAGUCCGAAGUGUCAUCAUGGUUGUGUUUGCUGAAGACAAAACAAGGGAAGAUCAGCUCAGGCACUGGAAAUACUGGCACUCAAGACAGCACACAGCCAAACAAAGGUGCAUUGACAUAGCUGACUACAAGGAGAGCUUCAACACCAUCAGUAACAUCGAGGAGAUCGCGUACAAUGCCAUAUCCUUCACUUGGGACAUCAACGAGGAAGCCAAGGUUUUUAUUUCUGUGAACUGCCUCAGCACUGAUUUCUCCUCUCAGAAGGGAGUUAAAGGCUUGCCCCUGAAUCUUCAGAUCGACACCUACAGCUACAAUAACAGGAGUAACAAACCUGUCCACAGAGCCUACUGCCAGAUCAAAGUCUUCUGCGACAAGGGAGCAGAGAGGAAGAUCAGGGAUGAAGAGCGAAAGCAAAGCAAAAGAAAAGUUUCUGAUGUCAAAGUGCCGAUGCUCCCCUCACAUAAACGUACAGACAUCACCAUCUUCAAGCCCUUCAUGGAUCUGGACACUCAGCCAGUCCUCUUCAUUCCUGACGUUCACUUUGCAAACCUUCAGCGUGGUGCUCACGUCCUUCCUGUUGCGUCAGAAGAACUGGAGGGUGAAAGCUCCAACCUGAAGAGAGGAGCCUAUAUUGGUGAAGAGGACUUCAUUGCUACUCCAAAUAAGAUGGCCAGAAUAGAAGAGCCAAAAAGAGUGCUGCUGUAUGUCCGAAAAGAGUCAGAGGAAGUCUUUGAUGCACUGAUGCUGAAGACUCCCUCUCUGAAGGGCCUGAUGGAAGCGGUAAGUAAUAGGGCUGGUUUAUGGUCCUUGCCUCCAGUCUGA